UAAAAAAAAGAAAACAAAAAAAAGCUCUGGCUGUGUUGGCUUGAAGCCUGAAGGACUGGACGUCGGCUGUUUUUGGUAUUUUCGUGCUAAGCAAAGAGUUGCGACGUUGCGCCGUUGCGCUGCUUGAUUAUUUUUCGCAAAUCUGCCCUUGACAACAGUUCGGAACUUCGACCAUGUACCCAUCGCACAGUUCCCGCUGGUCCAGUGCCGUCUCUUCGGUCAGCGCCGGCCGUGCUCGCCAAGCAAACGCCCGUGAAUUCCUACAACAUGGAGUAGGCAGGUUUUGAGCGACAUUAUGGCUCCGGCUUGCGUCGGGGGGUCCGUGAGGCGAGAGGCGUUUUCGUGACCCGACCUCGAGCAUUCCCAUCUUGCUGCAGGAUCCCCGUCGCAGGCCCGAGGUGACAAUGAGUGGCGCCGCAUUCUUUGCGCCGGACUGCACGCCUUGGUGCAAGUCGUCGCAGCACGCAGAUUUGGUACUUUCCGCUAUCACCAAGGGAACCGUCGCCGAGAUCCAGACGUACUGCCGACAACUUUGUCACAACUUCUGGACCGUCUCCGACGCACUUGGCAGAACUGCGCUGCACGUCGCCGCCUCCGUCGGCAAGGCCGAACUCGUGCAAUGGCUGCUCGACCAGUGCCACGCAGAGGUUGACGUUCGCGAUCAUGAGUCCGGAUGGACUCCUCUCCACCGGGCAGUGUUCUACGGACAGCUGCACUGUGCCAGACUCCUACUGCAGCACGGAGCAAGCUUGACCGUGACAGAUUUUGAUGGUUGCACUCCCCUAGAUCUGGCCGUUCGGGACAGGCUGCCCUACAUCGAGUACUCUGCGUCAGACCCGAGCGAAGUUUACGUGUGGGGAUCCAACAAGAACUUCACCCUUGGAUUGGCCAGUGAACAGUCUCCCAAGUACCCGGAAAUACUGGAAGCCUUUCGGCGUGAUGGCGUUUCCAUUCACAAAGUUGAGAUGCAGAAGUUUCACUCUGUGUUCUUGAGCAAUGGAGGAGAGGUUUUCGUCUGUGGACAUGGUCUCGGAGGGCGGCUGGGGCUCAACUCAGAGAUGACGACCUUGAAUGUAACGAAGCUUGUAUCCCUCGCAAAGAUGGGCCUGGGAAAGUGUGUAGACGUCGCUUCCGGCCAGGACCACACAGUCUUCCUCAUGGAGGACGGUCAAGUUCUGACGUGCGGACUUAAUACGCAUCACCAGCUGGGACUUCUGCCGCCGCCACCUCAAGUCUUGUGUCCGAGAGCCAUCUCAAUGAAAUUUCUGAAGGACAAGAAAGCCCUUGGAGUGUGCGCUGCAAGGUACCAUACGGUGAUCUAUACCAAGGACGCCAUCUACAACUUCGGCCUGAACGCCGGCCAACUGGGACACCCAAAAGGCGACAGACUACAGAGCACACCGAGGCAGAUAUCUGCACUGAAUUAUCCCGACAUUCAUUUCACCCAUGUUGUGAGCUCGGACGGAGCCAUCGUCUGUGCCACGAGCAAAGGCGACAUCUACGUCUCGCAGGAGUACAAGUGCCGCAAGAUUGCUUCGAAGCAGCUCGAGAUAAAACAACUCAGCAUUGUUGGAGGGCAGUUAGAUGACCAUUGCAAUGGUGUAUCCCUUACUGAAGGCGAUAAGCAAGACCUUAAGGUUAUGAUGCUGACCAAGUCUGGCAAGGUGUACUUGUGGCAGUCCUCUAACCUGGUGCUGACACGCUGCCUCUUCAAUGCUUCGUGCCAGCCCACAAUUGUGGACAUUUGCUUGAAUCUGAAAAACGUGGCUCUAGUCACGAAGAAUGGAGAAGCCUACCUCGGCUCUUUGGUACUAAAGAAAGAUGUGCCCAAGAAGGCUGCCGAAAGUCCACCGUCUAAGAAGACAAAUACUGCUGCUCCUGCAACUUCCAGUCUAGUCAAGUUUCUAGACAGGAAAGACUGUGAACAGGUCAACUUGAGGCGCCUUUACUUUGUUAACAGAGCCACGCGUGUCUUUGCCAGCUCUGGGGGUGAAAGCUUUGCCGUGCUUCAGAGUCAUCCGAGGCUUGGGCUCUUGUAUGAGCCCUCUGUGGAUCAAUCACAGUUCCAGAGCAACAUGUUACAGCUGCUCAAGUCUGUUGACAGCACAGAUGCUGUGCAUGAUGUUACUGUGAAGGUGAGAGGUAAUUUUUACCCUCUUCACCGUUACAUUUUGGUGUCGCGCAGUGAGUAUUUUCAAAAAUUAGAGAAUGAAUUGGAGGCAGGAGCAGUUAUUAACAUUGACAAUGUGGCUCCAAAGGCAUUUGAAGAAGUACUUUGCUUUAUGUACAGCGACAGCUGCACCAUUCUGGAAAGUGGAGAUGGUCCCUUCAUAGUAACACUGUCGAACAAGUAUAGCUCGCACAACCGAGUUACGCCUGGAUUUGUGAAAGAAGUUCAAGAUGCAUGCAAGAAACUGGGUGUGACCUCUCUUCUGGGAUGUCUGAACAAAGCGACAUUCAAGAAGAAUGAUGUAUCUCUGGCUUCUGUACCAGUGCUACCCAAGUUCAGAUUUUUCAGGAACAAAUUUCAGAGCCUUUGUGAUGUCACACUGGUGUCAAGUGACAAUGUUCACUUUCCUUGCCAUCGCUGCAUCUUGACUGCCAGGCUGGAGUACUUCAACAGCAUGUUGUCGCUUGGCUGGGUUGAGUUCUCGAGCAGUAAACUGACCCUUCCGAUUACAUCGAAGGUCCUGGAGGUCAUCCUCGAGUUUCUCUACAUUGACGACAUUCCCAAACUGAAGGUCUCGAAGGAUGUGGAGUUUCUGUGCCAGGUACUUGUGUCCGCUGACCAACUUCUGAUGACACGGCUAAAGCAGAUGUGCGAGGCAAUUCUUGCAGACUUGGUGACACUGAAGAAUGUUGCUGACCUUUUGGAAAUCUCGUACGUCUACAAUGCUGACCAACUGAAGACACUUUGCAUGCACUUCAUGUGCAUAAACCUGCCUGCUGCACUAGAAACGUCUUCUCUGGAUUCCUUGAGUAAUGAUGCCGUUCAGCCCCUUGCCUCGUGCUACAAAGAGAUCAUCCCUGCCAUGUCUAGACGCAUGAUAACUCCCUACAUGAGUGACCCUAGCAAAGAUGAAAUGGAAAAUAUCCAGCAAGAGUGUGGCAGUUAUUAUGAUCAUGAGGAGUUCAGUGGCAAUACCAGCCUGGAGCUGAAAAACAAGAGUAGACGAAAGUAUACAAUACGAAGAGAAUCUGAAAGCUCUGCAACCAAUAGUAUCGUAUCGCCCCCAAUAAAGGUGCAAGAACUAAGUUUGUCUUCCGCAGGAUCCAGGGACGAGAUGAAGUCAAAUGGGUGUUUAAUUUCUUCAAAACCAAACACCUUGCCAGAAACUCCACUUCUAGUACCGCAAAAGGUGGUUCGUACAGAACCAGUCCAGGUGAAGCGACCGACAUUACCUGUGACUGCUGCUUCACCUGUAGCUUCACCAGUUUCAUCACCCCUAACUUUAACUCAAAAGUUUCCAAGCCUUAGAGAAGUGCAAGAAGAUAAAACAAAAUCACCAAAAGACUCCAAGCAUAGUGAAACCAUGCGACCUAUGGUAAAAUUGUCUCAGAAGCAGCGGAAGCAGAUGACGGCAGCAAAAUCUCCGGAUGUCUUUCUACCAACGCCAUCGUCUCCUCCAUCUAAUUGUCCAUGGUUCCGUAAUGUGCCUCAUUCACAGACAACUUCAUCUCCGAGUGCUUCUGGUACAGUGCCAAUGUCUGGAAAAGCUGCAUUUCCAACCCUUGGUGCUGAGGACUUUGCAGUAGCAAAGGUGCCCAACUUGAGUGAAAUUGUGAGGCUCGAAGAACAAAAGGUGCAAAACCUUGUGAAAGUGAAACCAAAAGCUCUUCACAUUAUCAAUGCAGAGGAUAAAGCACUUGAGGAACUUUUGAAGUUUUAUCAUGCAGAAGAUAAUCCGGAGGAAAGAAUAACUGCAGUCAGGAUAUUGCCAGAGUUGUAUGCCACCCCUGUCUGGAAGAAGAAAUCUUGAACUGAAAUGACAGUGGCAACUUGUGUUACUGGAAACUUUAGAAUGUUUGGUGCAUGCUUCCACAAUGUGCCACAGACAUCUGCAGCUUCACCUCCGAGGGCUCCUGGUGCACUAAGCAUGGCUGGAAAAACUGCAUAUUCAACCCUUGGUGUUGAGGAUUUUGUGGGAAAGGUGUCCAACCUGGAUGAAAUUGAGGAGUGAAGUGCAAAAAAUGCAGGACCUUGUGAAAGGAAUACCACAAGCUCUACAUGAUCACUGCAGAGUGGAAAGUACUUUUGGAGUUUUCUCAAGUUUAGUCAUGCAGAAAAUAAUUCAGAUGAAAGAAUAACUGCAUCAGGAUAUUGUAAGGUACUUCUGUCUAAAAGAAGAAAUCUUGAACUCUAAGAAAAGACAGUGGCAUUCUGUGUUACUGAAAGCUUUAGCAUGUUUAGUGCAUGGUUCCACAAUGUGGCAGAAACACCGGCAACUUCACCUCUGAGUGCUCCUAGAAUUUGCUGAAAAAAACUUAAUUUCCAACCCUUCGGGGUAAGGAUUUUGUGACAAAGGUGCCCUACCCGAGUGAAAUCGUGAAACUUGAAGAGCAAAAGACCUAGAACCUUGUGAUAACGAAACUGAAAGCUCUUGGGUCAUUAUAUGCCAAACAUUCCAGACAGGAACACUGACCAUUGCCAAUUUUUUCGAACAAAAUCGUAGAUACUUGCUAAGUUCUAAAUAAAAUAGCCAAACUAUUUUUCUAGAAAAAUCUUUUGGUCACAUGAGUGCUCUGAAAUUUCUGUAGUGAAGAGGAACUAGGUAUAAGUUACAAAUCUAAAAAAAAAAUAUUAAAUAGGAUAGCUUAAUUAUUCAUAAAUAUGCUAAUGUAAUUGUUCUUUCACGUGAUAUCAGAGUUUGAUAGUAUUACACAACUUUUUUUUGUAUUGGUUUUGCUGGGCACAAAGUGGGAUUAAUAUUGACCUUGAAGAUGUUUUAAAAACUUAUCUGGGCUGGACUGUUGGAAUGCUAUUGUUUGCAUUUAAAAUUAUUUGAAAAGGAUAAAGCAAGCAGGUUUCCCAAAAAUAAAUAUCAGUUCCCAAAACUGAUUUUUGUUGAAGAUUCAGACUCGAACAUCAAGGCCCUCGUGAUAAAAAAUAGGAAGUGUGGGAGAGCUCAUUAGGAAUGUCAGUAUCUGACUUGUAACUAUGGAAAUUGCAUCAGUAAAUUUUAUUGUAAGUGAAAAAUAUUUUGGAAUUUGAGCACCGGUGUAUCCGGUUUUUGUGGUGCUGUACUGUUCUUUCACUGACUGGGAAAUUUGAGACAUGUCGCAUGCAUUCGGGGCCCAAGCACGUCGGGUUUAGGCCAUGUGCCACAGGUACUUUGAACAACGCUGUUGUGUAAGUUGUAGUAACACAGAGUGUGCAGCAUGUCUCGAAUUACCAGAGUGCGUGCGUGUGUGCAGUGUGAAGACAGUACAGUACCUCAAAGACCUAGCUCUCCAGUACUUGAAAAAAAUAUUUUCUCACUUAACACAAAAUCUACUCAAAAUUUGCUUGGUUUGCAAGCUAAGAAGCUGAUGUACCUAAUGAUCCCUUGUACAUAUUUCUAUCAGGAGUGUGUUGAUGCUUAAUUUGGGGCUGAAUCUUCAGCAAAACUCGGGUUUGGGCAACUUUGUUAUUUAUUUUUGAGAAAGCUGCUUGCUUUGUCAUUCUCAAAUAAUUUUAAACGUAAGUUAUAGCAACAGUCCAGCCCAGAUGAGUUUUUUUUAAAUAUCUUCAAGGUCAAGAGUGCUUUCUGUUCUAAAUGCUCAGCAUGUCUCGUUUUGUGUUCGUUUACUCCAUCAAAACCAACGCAAAGAACUUGCAUAAGAAACUGGCAUCGGAUGAAAGAGCAAUCUCGGCAGGGUAUUUAAAUAUAAUGGAGCUAUCCCAUUUUAAUCACUUGGAUUUUUCAGAUUUUUUUACUUUUACUUAUAUCCGGCUUCACUGCAGAUACUUCAGAGAACAUUUACAUGAUCAAAACAUUUUUUUCAAGAAAAAUAAUGACUGAAGUUUAUUUAGAACCGAUCAAAUAACUACGAUUUUUUUCGAAGAAAUCGCCGAUGAUCGGUAUCACUGCCUGGGACAUUGGGCAUGGGAUGACCCUCAUCUGAUCAGCGCAGAGGACAGUGUACUUUGCAGUUUUUGAAGUUUUCUGAUACGGAAAUGUAAUCCAGAGGAAGUCAUAGUGAAGGCUUGGAUAUCGCCAGAGUUGUACUCCGCACCUCUGGAAGAAGAAAUAUUGAGCUCUGAGAAAAAACUUCUACUAGAAGGUUUAGUAUGUUCAGGGCAUACAACUGAUACAGCUGCGCUUUGUUAGAUUCUGUUAUGUGAGAACUUCAAGGAGGAUAGAAGGGUAGGAGAGGGCAUGACGUCAGCCGCGUAGCCUCCACAAGCCAUGCUCCCUUGACGCCUCGCCUCUUUCUCAUUUCCCUCCUUAUUCUCCUCACUUAUCAGGCCAACGUGACCACAUCACAUGACCGUAGCUAGCCUUCGAUCUGAUAAAACCUACCGGACGGAGCGCGCGCAAGCCUGCAAGGAAUCCUUCUACAAUCAACCAUCCAUCUCACACGUGACGUGUCACGCGCACCAAUUGCGAGAGAGAUCUACGGUCACGUUGGCCACAACAUCGUUUAAACUUUUUAUGACUAGCCUUCACCAAUAUUGCAACGUGCCCCCUCCUAGUACUUAUAACCUCCUUGGAGAACUUUGUGUGAAUGCUUAAAAACCAUGCAGAACUCUUCUAUCGGUGCACCCGGUGUUUUAGAAUCUUCAAAGAAGAAAUAAGAUUAAUACUUUUUUUUAUGGGACUAAGCAUCUUCAAAGCUAAACGUGCUGCCUGAAGACAGGACGCCAUUGCUAACUGGCACACAAUGCUUAUGCAACUUCACGAUUGUGAAAUGAAUAUUAUAUGCAAACCUAUAUAAAGUUCUAUUAUUGAGUGGCUACUUUAUAAGUAUAUCGAAUGCACCCGUAGGAAAAAAGUGAAAAGAAAAAUGCAUUGGAUCAAUACAAAAUUGGAGGCCACUUUAAUUUCUGUCAUACUGUCCAAAGUUCAGGGCAGAGAAAGUGUUUUUCUUUGCACAAGACGAGUGGGAGAGGGGAUCGAGGGGCCAUGGCAGUUGUCUCCUUUGCGGGACAUUAACACAGUGUUAGACCUUUGCUCACCUGCCUUUAAAGAGCAAGGCUGCAACCAAUGUUUGUAUCUUCAUAGUUCUAUAAUUCAUGAAAUGCAGUAUUUAGAAUAGAUUGUUCCAAUUGUUUUAAAGACAUUAAAAAGUCAUUUCAAAAGUUAA